AUGUUAAGAUUGAUGAGUCAAUACAUUUUUUAAUUGAAUUUAUGGAAAUCAAUUAAGAAAAAAGUUUUUGAAGAAAAAUAUCUUUUAGCGCUGAUACCCACACAUAAUAAAUAAUUAACCUAAUUUAUUUAAAUAAUAACUAACCUAAUUUAUUCAAAUAAAUUACAAUAAUUAUAUUAGCAAAGAUGCUUAAAAUAGCUUCUAAACUUUCUUGAAGAACUAUAUGUUGUCGAAAAUAGCAUCACCUUAUCAUCUUUAAUCUUCAGAUGCUAUUAUUUCGGAAAUUUGAAGAAGCAUCUGAAUUUUAAAGCUAUGGUGUUUUAUAGCUAUGAUUUUAAUUAUUGUCACGAUUCAAUUUUACUAGCUAAAUUUUUAGAAAAGGAGUCAUAAUAGCAUGAGCAAUUAAAAAAUAACUAUAAAACUCUCCCAUACUCAUUAAUCAAAUGA